GACCGACACACUAGGGACUUCCCCCUACUCGGUCAACCGGCGAAUCGCCAACUCCAGCAUCCCACGGGGUCUAUGUUACCUCUCCACUAAUUUGUCCAACUUUUCUGUUGCCGCAGAGCGGCUCGGGAAAGAUGGCGACCACCGUUGGUCCAGACAUCAUGAUAAUGGAUAGAUUGGCAACAGAGAAUCGCGACUCGGAAGGCUCAGCCGCCCUGCAGAACAUGCCUCCUACUCUGUCGCCUCUCUCGAGUCCAGAACUCUCACCAAGAUCGAACGUCCCACCGCCCAACCCUCCUUUUGUCUUCCCGCCUCGACAGUCGCCUCCAUCCUCGUACUCUCGUGCGGCACGAAAACGUCCUGGACCUAUCUUGGACUUUCAAAGAGACGCUACCGGGCCACCUUGCGAAAUUGGCAGCGGUGCACCCAAGCCGGUUUCAUUGCCGGAUUUCUCUUUCCCCAUGGCACCUCCGUCAGGCGGUGCUACCGAGAACAGUUUCUUGAGCCCUCCACAGUCUCCCCAAUCCCCGCGGGCGAUCCCCUCCAAGCCCGUUGGAGUCGGGCAUCGGCGAGGAGGAAGUGAGUUUGUUGGUGGUAGCAUCCGCGCAGGGGAUUCCAUCGCGAUGAUUAGUACGAGUCCGACAAAGUCCGAGAGCGGUCUUGCCUCUCCAAAUCUCGCCCCGAGCAGGCCUCGUCGAGGUCACGCCCAUAGACGAUCCGCGGCUAUCUCGAGUCACGAUCUCUCAUCUAUAAUUCUGCCAUCUCCUACUACGCCUGGCGCAAUAAAGGGCAGCAGCGCCCCAACGAGCCCUGCCCUCUACGGCCGAAACGAUGCCUACUCUUUUCCUCGUACCACCGGUCAACUGGAGCAGACGCAUUCGAUCGCCUCGCCCAAGUCUGAAAGCGACAUCAGGAAGGCAUCUACGCAAGUGUUUCCCUCCGAGGAAACUCAAGUCACUCCAAAACCUCCGGUGCGAAACCGAGUCGGAUUUUCCGACACCCUCGAGUUCAUCCCAAGGCCGCUUUCCCUCGUGUCAAGUGAUACGUCGAGCACCGCAACGGCGCGUCCGGGGCACUCGGUUUCGGGAAGCAUCUCAUCUGUGAUCUCGCUCACAACCUCAACUAUCGCCGAUAGAGAGGCUGGCUCGCACGUCAGGUCCGAUGCAGCACUCAAGAGGAGCGACUCGCGACCAAGCACUGCAGGGGCUGUUCUUGAGCGAACACAAAGCACGCAAGAUACAGACCAGAGCUCGCCCUCUCCGCGAAGGCGGAACUCCAUCCCUCACCUGGAUCCGCUAGCCCUUUCGGAAAUCGCUACGUCGACGCCCAGUCCCAGCAAAGCGCCUAAACGGUGGUCAUUCUUUGGUCUGGAUCCUUUCGUUGGGUCACACUCGCCAACGCGAUCCCGACCCGUCAGCGCGAGUUCGCUCGAGUUGCAACCGAAACCCAUCGUAUCAUCACUCUACCAUGCAUCUGAUGAUAAUCUACCAGAGUUCUCCGCGACAGAGCUUCAGGCGGGGCAAUCCGACAAGAAACCGAUAGGUAGAAAGAGGAGCAAAAAACAGAAGAAGGUGAAAACCUGGGCCGGGUCUAUUCUGUCACGCAAGUCCAAACCCCGCCACGUGAAGCCCAAGCGUCGAACGCCAACCCCGCCUCCUCAGCAUGUCGAAAUUGAGGAUGAUGACAUUGUUCGGAGGAGUUUUGAGAUACUCGCAGGGCAAGUCAUGCCAACUGUCAUGAUCACCGACGCUUCCGCCCUCGAAAGCGGGGAUUCGUGCAGGCCGUCUUAUACGGCACCUGCUUUCGAAGAGGACGCCCCGUAUCCCAUGAUUGAUCUGGAUGCCGCCCUGGGACCGUUCAAUACUCCUUUGCCGAGGAAUACCGAAUGGGAAGCGGCACAGAAAGCAGGGGGACUUUCAAAGAGGCAACUUCAUAGCGCUGCAGGCAUGAGUCGAUUUACCGGACCCGGCAUGCACUACUUCCACCGACGUGCGGAGAGUGCUCCGGAGAUGGUACCCUUCGAGGCCGGUCGGUUUAUCCACCGCUUCGGCAGCAGCUCCACGAUGGCGGAUGUCUUUGAGGAAGAUGAGGAGGAUGGCGACUCGGACAUCAACAAGACCACUGGGCAGUCAACCCCGAUUCCCGAAACCCCCAAUGAGAAGCAUCAUAGCCUCGACGGCAUUCCCAGCGGAUACACCUUCGCAGCGUCUAACACCGAUGAGAUGAUACCCGACUUCCGCAUCAACGCCCAGCUCCAGUCCGGCCCCAGACGGAAAGGCAGCGACCUCAGCGACGACGAGAAGUCUCAGGCAAGCUCUAGGAUGAAGUCAGAGCACGGCGGAAGCUCUCUCUAUGAGGAGGUUAUUGUUGAGGAGAACGAUGUUCCUCCAAUGCCCGAAUUCGAGCCAAGAUUUGCUUCAGUUGGUGAUGCCUAUGAUUCACCAGCACCUUCUCCACGCCAUAUUUUCAGGGCCAAGGACCUGGCGCCGGUCGAUGUCAGUCCUCUGCAUUUGCCGACUUCGUCCCUGGCACCGAUCAGUCCUUAUUCGAUGUCACAGGCGUCGUCAUUCCCGUCUCCUCGGUCGCCCGCUUCCUACGAUGCUCACAGAAUCUCUACCGCUCCUUCGUCUGUCGCCGAAGACACCUUCCAAUCCCUUCUCAUGGGGGAGCCUGGCCCAGAGGUCCGAAUUUCGGUUGACGACAUUCCGUCGUUGACCAGCAGCAACUCGACUAUGACUCGAGAGAGCGCAUCUCUGCACAACCCCCAAGCAAGACCACUAGCGCGGCACAAUCAGCCAAGACCCGCAUCCUUUACUGCAACCGCCUUUGGUAGAAGACGAUCGAGUCUGGCCAGCCUGAACCGCCUUAUCAGCACGUCGCAUGGUGAACGAAGCAAGCUGUCUAUGGAGGUCCCUCUUGAUGGCGAGCCGGAGAAGAAGCCGAAGGUCAGCAAGACGAAGCGUCUCAGCCGAAUGAUGCAGUUUUGGAAGCCUAAGGAGAACACUCCGGCAUAGAGAGCGAUUUUCUUCUUUUGGUUGCCAAGGUUGUCUUGCACCCGACCUUGAUCCUCUGCCAG